AUGAAGUGCCGGUUCAUCCUGCACAUUCCCAGGGAGGAAAGGGACAAUGCUAUCCGAGUUUGCUUCCAGAUCGAGCUGGCCCACUGGUUCUACCUGGACUUCUGCAUGCAAAACACUCCAGGAGCUCCUCACUGUGGGAUAAGAGACUUUGCCAAAGCUGUAUUCCAUCACUGUCCAUUUCUGUUGCCUCAUGGAGAAGAUGUGCAGAAAGUUCUCGAGCAAUGGAAGGAGUACAAGAUGGGCGUGCCCACUUAUGGUGCAAUCAUUCUAGAUGAAGCCCUUGAAAACGUACUGCUUGUUCAGGGCUACCUUGCAAAAUCUGGCUGGGGCUUUCCAAAGGGGAAGGUUAAUGAGGAUGAAGCACCAUAUGACUGUGCAGUUCGUGAAGUGUUAGAGGAGACGGGCUUUGACAUCAAAAAUCGCAUCUGCCACACUGCUCUGGAUGUGUACAUAGAGCAGAAAAUCACUGACCAGCUGGUGCGGCUCUACAUCAUACCAGGAGUGUCUAAGGAUACAAAGUUCAACCCCAAAAACUAG